AUGCCUCCCAAGGCCUCUACCGCAACCAAGCCCAAGGCCACCGAUGGCAGCUCCAGCUACCAAGACAUGAUCAUCCAUGCCAUCACUACCCUCAAGGAUCGCAAGGGUUCCAGCCGCUCGGCCAUCAAGAAGUUCGUCAAGGCCAACAACGUCAUCAAGGCUGGCGAUGCUAUGUUCACCUCUGCUUUUAACAAGGCAAUCGCGACUGGUGUAGAGAAGAAAGUUUUUGAGCAACCCAAGGGCACAUCCGGAACUGUCAAGCUUGCCCAAAAGGCACCCAAGGUCUCAUCCACCUCAUCCAAGCCCAAGGCAGACAAGAAGGCCGUCGAAAAGAAGGCCGUCGUCGAGAAGAAGCCCGCUGCGAAGAAGGUUUCGACCGCCAAGAAGACUGCUGCCCCCAAGGAUGAGAAGACCAAGGUUGAGAAGACCAAAGCUUCCCCAAAGACUACGAAGGCAAAGGCUCCCGCAAAGGCUCCCGCAAAAGUCAAGGAUGUCAAGCCAAAAGCUACUCCUAAACCCAAGAAGGCCGCUGCUCCUAAGGAUGCCCCCGCAGUCGUCGAGAAGACCAGCGUCCUCAACACCACCAAGUCCGGCCGAGUGACAAAGACUACUAACAGCACACCCAAGAAAGCCGCAGGAAAGAAGACGGCAGCACCAAAGAAGAAGGCCACGCCGAGCAAGGUGUAG